AUGGAGGACAGAAUACAGUUCGACAUCAACGAUUCGCUCAAGUACUACUUGAGCGAUCCCACCUCCAUCCCUACUCCCGAUGCCGACCCCGAGCUGCUGGACUGCGAGUCCGAUCCUGAGCAGCUGUCCGCCGCCCUCGUGGACAAUGUCCUGAACCCCAUAGUAGACGCAGUGGCGGAAAACCCAGAAGGAUUGACGCGAUCCUCUUUCUUUGACUCCCUGCAACUUCUUCUAAAGUGCGCCCCGGUCCCUUCCCAACUCCCCCAUGGCCCAUCUGGAACCGACUCUGAACUCUUAAACUCUUGCAGAUACUCAACCCUUCUCCCCACCAAGUCACUCAGCAAACUCCUGGAUUUAAUUGUCUCGGGACUGUCGGUUGAGGCGGACAUGAUUCACAGUGACCUCGAAUCCGACGAGCAGGAUGCUAUCCAACACCACAAGCAACUACUGGAGAUGUAUGGAUUUCUCCUUCAGUGGGCUCUCUCCGCCGUCGAAGUCAAAGCCGCAGAAAAAUCGACCGAGGCCGCACCUGCGCGCCGAGGCGCAGGGAAAUCGAAGAAGGCGGCCAAGGAUGGCCAUUGGGACUGGACCCCGCAGAUCCAAAUAUCGAUGGAGACGAUGUGCAAGGUGAUGAAACUUAAACUGGGGCGCAUAUUUCUGACCACUUCGGAUCGUGACACAUUCAUUAAUUUGUUUACCCGAACGAUCUAUCUUAUUCUCGAGAGCGAGCAGCGCGUCAAGAGCAUGGCUAUUCGCAUGCACGCUUUCAAGGUUCUGUGCAUCGCGGUCAAGCACCAUGGCCACGCAUUCGGAGCGCAAACCUCAAUCGUGCAGAGCCUGACGUAUUUCGAGCAUCUGUCGGAACCCAUGGCCGAAUUCCUUCACAUCCUCGCAGAGCAAUAUGACUAUCCGCAACUCUCAGAUGAGAUCCUAAAGGAGCUCGGAAAUAAAGAAUUCAACUCCAAUGACACCAGAGGACCCAAGUCCGUGUCGGCAUUUAUUGUGAAGCUCUCUGAGCUUGCCCCCAGGCUGAUCAUCAAACAAAUGACUCUCUUAGCCAAACAACUUGACAGCGAAUCAUAUACCCUCCGCUGUGCAGUCGUUGAGGUCUGCGGGAACCUCAUUUCCGAUCUGAGUAGACAGGAAGAGCGCAGUGAAAAUUACAAGACCCAGAUAAAUGCCUUUUUCGAUGUCCUGGAAGAGCGAUUCCUCGACAUCAACCCUUACUGCCGCUGCCGAGCCAUCCAAGUAUUCAUGAGAAUAUGCGACUUGGAGCAGAAGUUCCCCAAGAGACGACAGGCAGCCGCUGAGUUGGCCGCACGAAGCUUGGAAGACAAGAGCAGCAACGUUCGUCGAAACGCCAUUAAGUUGCUCGCCAAGCUUGUUUCCACCCAUCCAUUUAGCGUUAUGCACGGUGGACAGCUUUCGGAGAAAGAAUGGACGGCCCGACUUGACAGUGUGGACGCCGAAUUGAAUGAGCUGCGGCCACCCGAAACCCCAGGGUUUGAGGGGGUCACUCAGGUGGUGGACCCGGACCUGUUAGACGAGGCCACUCAGAUGCCGGACGACUCUCCUUCCAAAGCGCCUCGCAUGACCGAGGAGCAGAAACAAGCCGAAAUAGAAAAGGCCGCGGAACAAGCAGCGACGUCUGAGUUGUUGACUCGGCUGCAAUUGACGAGGAAGUACUAUAAUGAGGCCAUUCGCUUCAUUGAAGUGCUUCACAGUGCCUCCACUGUCGUCUCACAACUGCUCUCAUCUCGCAACAAGAGCGAGGUCAUCGAGGCCAUGGACUUCUUUGUCGUUCUCGAUGCGUACAAGGUGGAGACGGCUCGCAGUGGUAUUCGCCGCAUGAUCCGUCUGAUCUGGACCAAGGGCAACAGCGAUGAAGGAAAGGGUGUCCAGACGCAUCUGAUUGAUUCCUAUAAGGGUCUCUUCUUUGAUGCACCAGACUCUUUCAGCCCCAACGAUGCUGCAAACUAUAUCGCUCGCAAUAUGAUCAGUUUGACAUUCGGUUCGACACCCGCUGAACUCACAUGCCUCGAGCAGCUACUUUCUACCAUGAUGAAGGCGGGCCAUAUAUCAGAGGCGGUGAUUGCCAAGCUGUGGCAGGUCUACAGUGUCCAAAAGAAGGAGAUCUCGCGAACCCAACGCCGCGGGGCAAUUAUUGUGCUCGGCAUGCUCGCUCUCGCAGACCCAGAAGUCGUGGUAAAGGAGACCGAAGCGAUGUUGCGAAUCGGUCUUGGAGGCUUGGGAAGGUCGGACCUUGUCCUUGCCAAAUACACUUGCAUUGCAUUGCGACGCAUGGUUCCCGGGCGUCAAGCGAAAUCCCGCGAUGUCGCCAUCUCCAAGCUUCCUAACGACCAUGCGGUCUUGACAAAACUCGCGUCUAUGCUGGAAAUUGUCUCGAAUAGCAAAGAGUGGUAUGGCGUGGCUGAGCAAGCAAUCAGCGCCAUCUACACUCUAUCCAAACACCCCGAUGUUCUUUGCUCCGACAUCCUUCGGCGGAAAACCGUCUUUGUUUUCUCACCCUAUGCGCAACGCCCCUCCUCUUCCCACACCUCUGCCGAAGGAGAGGACCAACGACCAGCAACAGCAUCGAGUGACGCCCAAGGAUCCAGUCCAAAGGCCUCAUCUGCUGCUCUCUCGCAAUUGCUCUACGUCGUGGGUCACAUCGCGAUCAAGCAGAUUGUACACCUUGAGCUGUGCGAACUGGACUUCAAACGCCGCAAAGCCGAGCAGGAGAAAAACAAGCCUGCAAACCCUGUUCCUCAGCAGGACGAAAACGCCGAGGACGAUGAGCUCGACCUGAUCGGUGGUACUACCGAAGACGAUUUCCAGGAUGCCAUGGCCCACAUUCGGGAACGCGAGCUUCUCUACGGUGAGAACUCUCUCCUGGCCAAGUUCGGCCCUCUCGUGGCUGAGAUUUGCGCGAACAACAAUGCGUACCCAGACCGCGACUUGCAGGCCGCGGCGACACUGUGCAUGGCUAAGUUGAUGUGUGUGUCUGCUGAAUACUGUGAGAAAAACCUGCCACUGUUGAUCACCAUCAUGGAACGGUCCGAGGAUCCCAUUGUGCGUAGUAACGCUGUAAUUGCACUCGGCGACAUGGCAGUCUGUUUCAAUCAUCUCAUCGAUGAAAACACAGACUUCCUGUACCGCCGUUUGAAUGACGACGAGGCCUCCGUGAAGCGCACAUGUCUCAUGACUCUCACCUUCCUAAUUUUGGCCGGUCAGGUCAAAGUGAAGGGUCAGCUGGGUGAGAUGGCCAAAUGCCUGGAGGAUGAUGACAAGAAGAUUGCGGAUCUGGCGCGCAUGUUCUUCACUGAACUAGCCACCAAGGACAACGCCGUGUAUAACCACUUCGUCGAUAUGUUCAGUCUGCUGAGUGCGGAGCGCAACCUCGAGGAGGUUUCGCUGCGUCGGAUCAUCAAGUUCUUGAUUGGGUUCGUCGAAAAGGAGAAACACGCCCGUCAGCUGGCCGACAAGUUGGCUGCUCGGCUACCAAGGUGCGAGACAGAGCGGCAGUGGAAUGAUGUCGCGUAUGCUUUGUCUCUUCUGCCGCAUAAAAAUGAGGAAAUUACAAAGUCCGUUACCGCAGGCUUCACCAAGGUUGCCAGUGCGGCGGCCUAG